AUGUCCCUCGACUUCCGGGUGGAGUUCAACUUGACCGCCAUCGCCUUUACGUGGUUCUGGGUCUUCGUCUCGUAUAUCAUGCAGCUCGUCUACACGAUGCGCUUGCUCUGGAUCCUCCAGCCGGAAAAGAAGGGCGUGGACCCAGAUGAUGGCGUCGGCGAGUCGUGGCUGCCGGCGAACUGGAAGCUCCCGACCCGCUUCCAGCACGUGCUCUACGUGGUCACUCCCCCGACGCAGCUGAAGCCCGGGCUGAACGACAUCGUGAGGGAGAUCAAGGAGGGGACCGUGGAGCCGGCGUUCAGGUUGAAGGACGACCCGACCCCGGACGACGUGGACAAAGUGGUGGAGGCCCUCGACGGCGCUUUCAAGUGGUUCAAGGACCAGUCAAUGUCCUCCGACAGCCUUCACAAGGUGCAGGCGCUAGAGAGCGAGUACACCGACAAGAAGAACAAGUGGAAGGCCGCGAAGAAGAGGGAUCCUGAGUUCGUAAAGGUCGCGCAGACCUGCAUCAAGGGGCUGGAGGUGGUGACGCAGGCGGAGGGCUUUGCAUCCGGGAACGGCGCAGACCUUUCAGAUGGGGAUAAUUCCGGAGCAGACGCCGGGUAUCCGAUGCAGCGCCAGGCCCCGCCGCUUUUCAAGCAGACCAAGCACAUCCAGCCCUACUUGACUGUGCUGUCACUCACCGCCGUGCUCAUGUUCUCGUGGGUCUUCCUUCUUAUCGGCAACAUCGUGGACUGCGCGACGGGAGAGCAGAGCACCCUCACAGCACCGCACUGGUCGCGGCCACCGAUGACGCGCAUGUCGUACGUCCCGCACGACCUCGGGACCCCUAUUGGCUUCCCUCACCCGGCGUCCUCUAUCCCGUACUUCCCGGAGCAGAUGCGCUGGCACGAGGAAAAGCGCAUCCCUGGGAUGGACACCAUCUUCCACGCGAGCGGCCACGCAAAUGAUGGCCGCCGCCUCCAGGCCUCCACCUACGAUCGCGCCACUGCACAGGCUCAGGCGAAGGGCUUCAGGGAGGCGAUGGAGAGCGUGAUGGAGCUGCUGCCAGGCGAGGGCGGCGGCGCCCGCGGCGCCGAGGCGGUGCUCCCCGCGCCCGAGAAGAUCUCCUGGCCCGGGCUGUUCGAGCCCCGCCUCCUCGCCUGCGGGCCCCCGGGGCAGGACGGCGGCGGCGUGGUGGCUGCCCUCACGCAGCGCGGCUUCGGCGCCGCGGCGCGCCUCGGGGCGGCCUCGGCGGCCGAGACGUUCCGCCUGACGGGCCUGUCGCACCUGCCGCCGCUCGUGGGCGCCUCCUGGGGCGCUGACGGCCUCACGCUGGUCUCCAGCCUGGGCGACCUCCUGGCCUGCCCCGGGCAGCGCCCCGCGGCGGGCGCCUCGUGGACGUGCGGGCCCGCUCCGGACGCCCCCGCGAG